GUGGGGCGGCCCGGGCAUGCUCAGUGGCUGCGGCCGGAGCGCCGGGGAUUGGCGCUGGCCGCGGUCCCUGUUCCCUGCCAAAAGGGGCGGCAAGGAGGUGCCGCUCCGUGCCGGCCAUUGCGGGCACGGCGCUUCUUCCCCAUGAGCAGCCGGGAGGCGGAGGGCGCGGACAGUGAGCAGGCCGCAGAGGAUGGCAUGCCAGGAGCACUUGGUGGGGAAUCGAGAGGGCUUACCAGGGAGCAGCUAUUUACAAUGGCUGCGACAGCUUCUAUAAACUUCAGCUCAAUGAUAUGCUAUUCAAUCCUGGGACCCUUCUUCCCUUCCGAGGCAGAAAAAAAAGGUGCCAGUAACACCAUUGUUGGCCUGAUUUUUGGAUGUUUUGCUUUGGUCAAUUUCUUGUCUUCUUUAAUCUUAGGAAAUUAUAUUACGCAUAUUGGAGCAAAAUUCAUGUUUUUGGCAGGGAUGUUUGUCUCGGGAUGUGUGACCAUUCUGUUUGGAAUGCUGGACAAGGUGCCAAGUGGACCAAUGUUCAUUGGUUUGUGCUUUUUAGUAAGAGCAAUGGAUGCAGUAGGUUUUGCAGCAGCAAUGACAGCAUCGUUUUCAAUCCUUGCAAAGGCAUUUCCCAAUAAUAUAGCUACUGUCUUGGGCAGCCUUGAAAUUUUUACAGGACUUGGACUGGUACUGGGCCCACCUUUAGGUGGCUUUUUGUAUCAAUCAUUUGGUUAUGAAGUCCCUUUCAUUACGGUGGGAUGCGUAGUGUUGGUCUUGGUGCCUGUGAAUAUGUGCGUAUUAUCAAAAUACGAUUCAGUCCCUAGCAAGGACUCCUUUUGGAAGCUCAUUCUUCUGCCAAAAGUCUUACUACUCUGUCUUACUAUAUUUUCUCUAAGUGCAUGCUUGGGCUUUUUGGAUCCCACAAUGUCUCUAUUUAUCCUAAAGAAGUUCAAACUCCCAGCUGGUUAUGUAGGCUUGGUGUUCCUAGGUUUGGCACUCUCGUACUCCCUGUCUUCUCCCCUCCUCGGACUUCUAAGUGACAAACUGCCAUACCUCAGGAAGUGGUUGCUGGUAUCUGGAGGCUUAAUGACAGCCCUGUGUUUUUUCAUGUUAGGACCUGCUCCUGUACUACACAUUGAAAGUCAGCUGUGGAUGUUUGUGCUAGUGCUGGUUUUGGUUGGGUUUUCCCUUGGCAUGAGUGCUAUCCCAGUUUUUCCAGAGAUACUGCAGUGUGCAUAUGAUAAUGGAUUUGAAGAAGGUCUGAGUUUGCUGGGACUGGUGUCUGGGCUCUUCAACGCCAUGUGGUCCCUUGGGGCAUUUGCAGGUCCCACUCUGGGAGGAUUUCUAAAUGAAAAGCUGGGUUUUGAAUGGGCCUCAGCCAUCCAAGGAGGAUGGGCACUGUUAAGUGGUCUUGCAACUGGAAUAUUCUAUAUCGCUGAGGCAACAAAGAGAAGUUCCAGUUCCAGCCUGCAAAAUCCUCCUGGUACUAAUGAAGAAAGAACUCAUCUGAUGAGCAGUGAAUCAUAGCCAGACAUACUUUCAAUUCUCAGUUUACUAUUGUGGUUUUACCAGUUAUUGACAUGAGUGGACUUAAAAGUAUUCCAUUAUUCUGGAGCUGGGAUACAUGAUCCCUUAGUGAACAACCAGUUGUGGUUUAGUUACAGCUUUAUUACUGUUUUGAAACACUGAACACUGACUUUCUUUUGAAAGUCUUCGCGUGGGUUGGCUGAAGUGAUGAGUAACCCUCAGAUGUCAGCAUGUUUAUUGUGUUCCAUGUACAGUACAGCACUGUAUGUGAAAGAAGUGUUUUCAAAUGUCUGGUUUCUACACUUGGGCCUGCUGUGCAUUAUUCUUGGGUAAAGCUACUAUUUUGCUACUAUGAUUUUCUGUAUUUUUUUAAAGAAUGUUCAUUAUCUUGUAGUACUUUAACUGAUAAAGUUAAAACAGAAUUUGAAAUGACAAAGCAUUAAGCACAAUAUUUUUUUCAAUAAAGCAACCUUUUUUCCUAAGUUUUGCAGAUUUUCUCAAACCAAGUCUGAAAGACUUUGUGUCUAUCAACAUUUGUAUUAUCCUGAAAGUGCCUGAAAAUGGGAGGCAAAGGUAAUGAAGAGUUAGCGUCUCUACACAGAACUAACUGAUCUUCAGUCCUGGAGGAGACUUGGCAUCGUGUGUAUACAUAUACAAAGAGAUAUGUUUGUAUUAUGUAUGAAGACUCCACUUGAGUUUGUGAGAUCUAUGUCACUAAUAAAUGCCAGCUGGAAUGUUUGUA